AUGGGCUGCUGCUGCAGCUCAGACUACGACGACGACUGGAUCGAGAACAUCGACAUCUGUGAGCACUGCAAUUACCCCAUCGACCCCGACAGCAAGCGCCAGAGGCUGAUCCGCAAUGGCUCCGAGGUGCAGGACCCUCUGGUGUUCUAUGAGCCCACGUCUCCCCCGUGUUCCCCCAUGCAAGACAAGCUGGUGGUGGCUCUGUACAACUAUGAGGCCAAGCACGAUGGGGACCUGGGGCUGCGGAAGGGUGAGAAGCUCCGAGUCCUAGAAGAGAAUGGGGAGUGGUGGAAGGCACAGUCGCUCACCACCGGCCAGGAGGGAUUGAUCCCCUACAACUUCGUGGCCUUGGUGAACAGCCUGGAGCCCGAGCCGUGGUUCUUCAAGAACAUCAGCCGCAAGGAUGCGGAGCGACAACUCCUGGCGUCAGGCAACACUCACGGCUCCUUCCUCAUCCGGGAGAGCGAGACCACCAAAGGUUCGUAUUCGCUGUCUGUGAGGGACCUGGAUGAGACCCAGGGAGAGACUGUGAAGCACUACAAGAUUCGCAACCUGGACAACGGUGGCUUCUACAUCUCCCCCCGAGUGCCCUUCGGCAGCCUGAGGGAGCUGGUGCAGCACUACAUGCGCACCUCAGACGGGCUCUGCACUCGCCUGGGAAAGCCCUGCAGGACGCAGAAGCCACAGAAGCCCUGGUGGCAGGACGAGUGGGAGGUACCGCGGGAGUCGCUGAAGCUGGUGGAGAAGUUGGGAGCAGGACAGUUUGGAGAAGUCUGGAUGGGUUUCUACAACGGCCACACGAAGGUGGCUGUGAAAAGCCUGAAGGCAGGCAGCAUGUCACCCAGUGCCUUCCUGGCUGAGGCCAACCUCAUGAAGAACCUGCAGCACCCACGGCUGGUGCGACUCUACGCCGUGGUGACCAAGGAGCCCAUCUACAUCAUCACAGAGUACAUGGAGAAGGGAAGCCUCGUGGACUUCCUGAAGACCUCAGAAGGUGUCAAGCUCAGCAUCAACAAACUGCUGGACAUGGCUGCACAGAUUGCUGAAGGUAUGGCCUUCAUCGAGGCCAAGAACUACAUCCACCGUGACCUGAGAGCUGCCAACAUCCUCGUCUCGGACGCUCUGUGCUGCAAGAUCGCUGAUUUCGGGCUGGCCAGAGUCAUCGAGGACAAUGAGUACACGGCUCGAGAGGGGGCUAAAUUCCCCAUCAAGUGGACAGCGCCGGAGGCUAUUAAUUACGGCACGUUCACCAUCAAAUCCGACGUGUGGUCCUUUGGCAUCCUGCUCACAGAGAUCGUCACCUACGGCCGGAUCCCGUAUCCAGGGAUGACCAACCCCGAGGUGAUCCAGAACCUGGAGCGUGGGUACCGCAUGCCCCAGCCGGACAACUGCCCAGCAGAGCUGUAUGACCUGAUGAGGCAAUGCUGGAAGGAGAGCCCUGAGGAACGUCCCACCUUUGAGUACAUGAAGAGUGUGCUGGAGGACUUCUUCACUGCCACUGAGGGACAGUACCAGCAGCAGCCGUGA